AAUUCUGACCAAUCACGCAAUCAGACAUCGCAAUAUCCUCCCAUCACACAGAAAAGCAAAAAAAAAAAAAAAAAACAGUCUUCUUAAAAACACAAACACACCUAGAAAACAUAGACAUUCACGCACGGACAUAAACACAAACACAUAGAAAACACAAAACACGAACACCAAAAUAAACACUCUUAUCUUGCGUAGUCCCAGCGAUCAUAAUCCAAGUGUUUAAGGCUAAAAUGGCUGUUUCUGUACAGAGUAGUACGUGGGACAGUGUGAUAGACAUAACACAGGUGGCACAGCAAAAGGGUAUGGAUCCUCUGCUCUGGGCGUUACACUUGUCAUCGAGCUUGAGCUCAGCAGGAGUGGCUUUGCCUUCUGUGGAGCUCGCUGAUGUGUUGGUUUCCUACAUUUGUUGGGACAACAACGUGCCUAUUCUAUGGAAGUUUUUGGAAAAGGCUUUGAUGCUUAAUAUUGUGCCCCCUCUGCUCCUCCUUGCUCAGCUCUCUACAAGGGUCAUUCCAAGUAGACAUUCUCGGCCAGCAGCAUAUAGGCUUUAUCUUGAACUCCUUAAGAGACACGCUUUUACACUUAAAUAUCAGAUAAAUGGACCAAAUUAUCAUAAGGUCAUGAAAUCGAUAGAUGCCGUUCUUCAACUUUCACAGGGAUAUGGUAUGCCCAUGAGUGAACCUGGGAUUCUGGUGGUUGAAUUUAUCCUUUCAAUUGUGUGGCAGUUACUUGAUGCAACAUUAGAUGAUGAAGGCUUGCUAGAACUUACCUCAGAUAAGAAGUCCAAAUGGAUAAUUAAAUCUCAAGAAAUGGAAAUAGAUCGUAAUGAUAGUUUUGACGAGAAGAGGGCUGAACUUCAUGAGAGAUUGCAAAAUUUAAAUACUGUGAUGGGCAUUGAAUUAAUAGGGGAAUUUCUACAAAAUAAAGUAACUGCGAGAAUUCUUUACUUGGCUCGUCGAAACAUGCCCUCACAUUGGCUAGACUUCAUCCAGCGAUUACAGUUGCUUCAAGCAAAUUCCUCAGCAUUAAGAAAUUCCAAAACUCUAACUCCUGAGUCUCUUCAGCAGUUGACUUCAGAUGCUCGAAUAGUAUUGUCUCGAGAAUGCAAAACAAGUUCACUACAAAAGUUUCAUGCAGUUAUGGCUUUUGGAUCUCUCUCUUCCUCUGCUGGUCUAUGCCAAGGAGCUAGCCGUUCUGCUCUUUGGCUUCCUCUUGAUCUCUUAUUAGAAGAUGCCAUGGAUGGAUAUCAAGUUAAUGCAACAUGUGGCAUUGAAAUAAUUACUGGUUUGAUUAAAACCCUUCAGGCAAUAAAUGGCACCACCUGGCAUGACACCUUUUUAGGUCUUUGGAUAGCAGCUCUUCGUCUUGUUCAAAGGGAAAGAGAUCCCAUUGAGGGUCCUGUGCCUCGCCUUGAUACUCGCUUAUGCAUUCUAUUGUCUGUCACAACCCUUGUGGUUGCUGAUCUCAUUGAGGAGGAGGAAAGUGCACCUGUUGAUGAAACAGAAUGCGGCUCCACUAAUCAUUGGAAAGAAAAAAAGGUUACAGGGAAGUGCCGCAAUGAUUUGGUGUCAAGCCUACAGAUACUUGGGGAUUAUCAGGGCCUGUUGACUCCACCUCAAUCUAUUGUUUCUGCUGCCAAUCAGGCUGCUGCAAAGGCAAUGUUAUUUGUUUCAGGCAUCAAUGUGGGGAGUGCAUACUUUGAGUGCAUCAAUGUGAAAGACAUGCCUAUCAACUGUUCUGGAAACUUGCGUCAUUUGAUAGUUGAAGCUUGUGUUGCCAGAAACCUACUGGAUACAUCUGCAUAUUACUGGCCAGGUUAUGUGAAUGGAUGCAUCAAUCAAAUACCUCAUACUCUGCCUGCUCAAGCCCCUAGUUGGUCAUCAUUUAUGAAGGGUGCUCCACUGACUCCAGUAUUGAUAAAUGCUUUGGUUUCAACUCCUGCUACAAGCUUAGCAGAACUCGAGAAAAUAUUUGAGGUUGCAGUCAAUGGAUCAGAUGAUGAGAAGAUAUGUGCUGCUACUAUACUUUGUGGGGCCUCUUUAAUUCGGGGUUGGAAUAUACAGGAACACACUGUUCAUUUCAUUACUAGACUAUUAUCUCCUCCAGUUCCUCCAGAAUAUUCUGGGAGUGACAGCCACUUGAUUGGAUAUGCUCCAAUGCUGAAUGUAAUAAUUGUUGGAAUAACUUCUGUUGAUUGUGUUCAGAUCUUCUCUCUACAUGGCUUGGUUCCGCAACUUGCAUGUUCACUAAUGCCAAUCUGUGAGGUUUUUGGAUCAUGUGUACCAAAUGUCCCGUGGACUCUCACAAAUGGGGAAGAAAUUUCUGCUCAUGCUGUGUUUUCAAAUGCAUUUAUUCUUCUUUUGAAGCUAUGGAGGUUUAAUCAUCCUCCUCUUGAACAUGGAGUAGGAGAUGUACCCACAGUUGUAUCCCAACGAACUCCUGAAUACCUUCUAUUAUUACGAAACUCCCACCUAGUAUCUUCUGGGAAUGUAAACAAAAAUCGAAAUAGAAAAAGACUCUCAGCGGUUGCAAGUUUAUCAUCUCCACAACCCAUAUUUGUGGAUUCAUUUCCAAAAUUAAAAGCAUGGUAUCGGCAGCAUCAAGCAUGCAUAGCUUCAACAUUAUCUGGUCUUGUUCAUGGAACACCAGUUCAUCAGAUUGUCGAUGGGCUUCUUAAUAUGAUGUUUAGGAAGAUUAUUAGAGGAAACCAAUCCUUAACUUCAUUUACAUCUGGAAGUAGUGGUUCUUCGGGAACUGGAAAUGAGGAUACUUCUUUAAGACCUAAAUUGCCUGCCUGGGAUGUACUGGAAGCUGUUCCCUUUGUUGUUGAUGCUGCUUUAACAGCCUGUGCUCAUGGAAAACUUUCUCCUCGUGAACUGGCUACAGGUCUGAAAGAUUUAGCUGAUUUUCUCCCUGCAACUUUGGCAACUAUUGUGAGCUACUUUUCAUCUGAAGUAACUAGGGGUAUUUGGAAGCCAGUUUUCAUGAAUGGAACAGAUUGGCCUAGCCCUGCUGCAAAUUUGUCUAAUGUUGAAGAGCAAAUUAAGAAAAUCCUUGCCACCACUGGUGUUGAUAUCCCAAGUCUUGCUGCAGGUGGAAGCUCUCCGUCUACACUUCCACUUCCCCUGGCUGCCUUUGUGAGCCUUACAAUAACCUAUAAGAUUGACAGAGCCUCAGAACGUUUUCUCAAUUUGGCUGGCCCAGCCUUGGAGUCCCUUGCAGCAGGUUGUCCAUGGCCUUGCAUGCCAAUCGUGGCUUCCUUGUGGACCCAAAAGGCGAAGCGCUGGAGUGACUUCCUUGUCUUUUCUGCAUCUCGAACUGUCUUCCUCCACAGCAGUGAUGCAGUGGUUCAGCUCCUUAAAAGCUGCUUCACUGCCACACUUGGUCUGAAUGAUGCACCUAUUUCAAGCAGUGGUGGUGUUGGCGAACUUCUUGGCCAUGGAUUUGGAUCCCAUUUCAGCGGUGGGAUUUCUCCUGUUGCUCCGGGUAUUCUUUAUCUACGUGUUUUUCGAUCCAUUAGAGAUAUUGUGUUCGUAACAGAAGAGAUUAUUUCUCUCUUGAUGCAUUCUGUCAGAGAAAUAGCAUCUAGUGGGCUUCCAAGAGAAAAAUUAGACAAGUUAAGGGCAAGCAAGAAUGGAUUGAAAUACAGACAGGUUUCACUUUCUGCAUCAAUGACUCAGGUGAAACUUGCAGCUGCCCUUGGUGCUUCUUUGGUAUGGUUAUCUGGAGGCUUGGGUCUUGUCCAAUCCUUGAUAAAAGAAACCUUGCCUUCUUGGUUUAUAUCUGUUCACAGAUGUGAGCCGGAAGAAGGGUCAGAAGGGAUGGUUGCAAUGCUUGGGGGAUAUGCUCUUGCCUACUUCACAGUGCUUUGUUUGGCCUUUUCUUGGGGUGUUGACUCAACAUCAUCUGCAUCAAAGCGGCGCCCAAAAAUCCUUGGGACGCACAUGAAAUUCCUGGCAAGUGCACUUGAUGGGAAAAUUUCACUUGGUUGUGAUUGGGCCACUUGGCGUGCUUAUGUCUCAGGAUUCGUGACCUUGAUGGUUGGCUGCACACCAAAUUGGGUACUAGAGGUAGAUGUAGAUGUCUUGAAGAGACUGAGUAGUGGGCUGAGACAGUGGAAUGAGGAGGAGCUUGCUUUGGCAUUGCUGGGGAUAGGUGGGAUUGGUUCAAUGGGUGCAGCUGCUGAACUGAUAAUAGAAAAUGAGAUGUAAAUUCCUCUCCCUCUUUUCAUUAGUUUUUUUUAGGAUGGCCUCUGUUCUAUAUAGAAUGUAAUUGUACAUUAAUCCCUCAUAGGAAAGUUUUUUUAGGAAUAAACUUCCAUUUUGUAUAGUUAAGGUUCUAAAGUUUGUCCAAUGGAAAAGCUUCACCCUCAAGAAUGGGAAAAUUUUGUCCAGAAGGGGCUCA